AUGGGUUCGAAGAUAUCAACAGUACCUACCCUAGGUCUGUUGGCCAUGCUCCUUCUGAUCUCCUCGGAGGUCUUAGCCACUAGUGGUGGUGCGGGUAACUUUGGUGGUGGUAACCCUAGUGUUGGUGGUGGAUUACCUGGUGGUGGUGGUGGUGAUGUUGGAUUACCUGGUGGUGGUCGUGGUGGAUUCCCUAUUGGUGGUGAUGUUGGAUUACCUGGUGGUGGUCGUGGUGGAUUCCCUGUUGGUGGUGGUGUUGGAUUACCUGGUGGUGGUCGUGGUGGAUUCCCGAUUGGUGGUGGUGUUGGAUCACCUGGUGGUGGUGGUCGUCGUGGUGGACUACCUGUUGGUGGUGGUGUUGGAUUCCCUGUUGGAGGUGGCAGUGGCUUCCCGGGCAUUGUUGGUACCUUCCCUAGUGGUGGUGGCACCCCUCGUGGUCGUGGUGGCUCCCCUCCCGGACGUGGAGGUUUUCCUGGUGGAGUUGGCGGUUUCCCUGGUGAUGUUGGUGGCACCCCUCCCGGACGUGGAGGUUUUCCUGGUGGAGUUGGCGGUUUCCCUGGUGAUGUUGGUGGCUCCCCUAGUGGUGGUGGCGGCUUCCCUGGUGGAAGGGGUGGUGGAUUCCCAGGCCAGAGAGGAUAA